CCGUCAGCGCCGACGGACCGCCAUAUUGGCAAUAUUCGUUGUCCGUCAUCCCAAGAAAAGGGAUAGAGUAAAAAAGAAAGGGAGAGAAAAAAAAAGGAAGGUACUGAGUGAGCCCUGCACGCCCCCGCGCAACACCUCCUUCACGAGGAUAACCCGGGGCUCCAGGAAACGGUGUCGGGGCAACAUAUAUAUUCAUUCUUUUUUUUUUAUCCAUCAAAACCAAUUAUCAGUGAUUGACAAGUGUAGAGGACCGAUCGAACGAUCUGGUCUCAUCAAACCAAUUUAAUAAAGACUUUUCAAUAAUCGUGAUUACGUUAUUUAUUUUAUCAUUUGUCUUUUGAUUUUUUUUUUUUUUAUUCUCUGUGAAGGCUGCCAGUGUGGCUAGUUUGUCAUCGGGCUGGACUUAUCUGUCAACCAUGAAAUAGGGAAUAAGGAGAGAGGAUCGACGAAUAGUGCCCCUAGGACGGGGGUUGUACAUGACGUGUGUCUGACCGUUCAACGCGAUGACUCCGUAUCACAGGGUAAAUAGCUAUAAUGUGUCAUUGGAAAUCAGUUUGAGCCACGACUGAGGGAAAAUCAGAGGAUAAAUUAUGAUGCGAGUGACACUGACAGCGAAUAUACCGUGUCAAUGAGGGAACAUUGACGGGAGUUGGCCCUUUUUUUUUUCUUUCAUCUGUCGUUAUUUAUUUUGAAUAUGUGAGGGGGGGUUGGGGCCACUGUGUUGACUCGGUGUGUAAGUGAAAGUGGAUUUUUUUAUUUUGGGACAAAUGUCGGUGUAGAUUGACACGGGAAUCAGUGAGAUAUCAGUGAAUUGAUGGACAAUAGAUCGAACAUUUUUGUCAACAGUUGGUGAUUGCUAGUAGUGGUAAGGAGCCAGAGGAAAAAUCAUUAAAACGUGGAAAAAAAAGGUUCAAGUAGAGUGAGUUCGAGGUAUCCGUACGAGGUCGUACGCCCGCCAAUCAAUACCGCACGGCCCCGACCACUUCUAGUACUUCCUAUCCGCAAGCUCCAAACGUUAUAUACGUACGAUUCACGCAAGCUCAGUGGUCUUGUUGUGUUUUUACGCUGGGUGGCAGCACCGGUUGUCAAAAUCAAAUCCAUUUUACGAGGAGGAAGUCAGUUGACAGCCGGUUACCACGAGAUUGUGGGUCAUUUCAUGUAGGUUCAGUAAUCCAACGCGCAAACCACUUGCUUUCAAAUCCCACACACUCAGUGAUUUAUUUCUACGCAUGGGCCUGACGCUGAUGUCCGCAGACUGAUUUCGUGGCUCAUUGCAUUGUCGUCGGCCUGACACGCGAGCGACUCGGGUUCGAGUCCCACGCCUUGAGGGACUUAUUUUUCGCCAGUUUCCUGAGUUGAACUGAGGAGUUAUGAGCUAGCUGAUACAGUGACGUUACUGCUCCGUGAAUUGUCUGACAUGUCAACGACUGCUGUCAAGACCCCAAUUGUCAUGGAUAAUUUCGAGUUCAGCAAAAUGUCAUGGCGUGUGAGGAAUCCUUGAGGCGCUUGUUGUUUGGAAUUUUCCGUGGAUCAUCAAUGCUAUUGGUCGAUGAUGUUUGGUGCUCUAAGACUCAGGAAAACAUGAAAAAAGGGCAUUAAUCUUCAGUGAUUCGUCACAAAUCGUGCGCGGGAAAUGAUGACAAACAUGCGCAGUGCAGUACAAGUAUUGUCGUUAAUUAUUAUGGGGUGCUGGUGCAGCGAUCGCAAGGUGGCGUAGGUGGAGAUUGCGAGAGAUUUCUGAAUUGAGAUAGAGAGCUGGGGAGAGGAGACGGCGUCGGGAGGGAGAUAAUUUUCAGGAUAGCAGAGGAGAGAGUGGGCAGGGAGUAGGAAGCAAGGACGAAGAGCGUUAUCAAGAGGAUUGUCGAGCAGACUGAUAAGAGAGGAUAGGAGAGGUGCAGGGGGCAUGCGGGGCUCGGGCGAGGCCCAGCUGGAUGGUCCCAUUGGACCCAGAUUGAUGUAAAUCGGUAUUUGUCUGUCUUUCAUUAUUGAAAGCGAUAGUGUGCUGUGUUUCGUGUGCUCACCCCACCCCCACCUGCACCUGCACCUGCAUCACACUGAUUGUUGGAGAUCUUAGAUGACAGGAGGGACCAGGGGAUCAAGUUGUUGAAGAGGAUUAUUUGGAUCUUGGUGAGAGGCGAGCACAGCUCGCUCACAAGCGGAUGGAUCAUGUUGGAGAUGCCGAGCGGACUCGGUGCGACUGCAAUGGGAAUAGGCGUUAGUCACGGUGGCAGUGGAGCAGAGAGUGGUUGUCGUCUUCGGACAUCGAGUCAGGGUCAGGCGUCCCAACAGCAGGCCAGUAAUCAGGGAUCGACCACCGGUGGGCAGCAGUCUGAACAGCAGCAGCAGUCGUCUCAAGACGUUCAACCACAGCAACAAGUUAAGCAGGAGCAGAGCCAACAGCAACAGAGGGUUGGCCACGGUGGCAGAUCGAAGAAGGAUAACUGCUGUCUGUGCUGGUGCUGUUGCUGCAGUUGCUCGAACAAAUGUUUGGCAGCAGUUGGAACUGGGAAUGGUGGUUCGGGUGGCGGUGGAGAAAGCGGUAAAAAACGUGGAAACAGUGGAGUAGCCAGCGGUGAUAUUGUAACCAGUGAUCAUGGUGGUGAUAUGACAGUAUCGAGUGCAGGUAAUGGACUUGAUGGUUUGGAUGGCCUCGACAGUACACCAGAGUGUUGUGGCCUAGAAGAAGUACGCUCAUGGGGCACGUCCUUCGAUAAAUUAAUGAGGAGUGGAGCUGGUAGAAAACUAUUUCGUGAAUUUUUAAAAAGUGAAUACAGCGAGGAGAAUAUUGCAUUUUGGUUGGCGUGUGAACAAUUAAAGCGUGAAAGCAAUCCAGAGAAAAUUGAGGAGAAGGCACGGUACAUCUAUGAGGAUUACAUAUCGAUACUCUCGCCUAAAGAAGUGAGCUUGGACUCUCGAGUCCGUGAGAUCGUAAAUAGAAACAUGGUAGAACCAACACCUCAUACAUUCGACGAAGCACAACUUCAAAUCUAUACACUGAUGCAUCGUGACUCUUACCCACGUUUUGUCAACAGUGAUAUAUUUCGUAGAGUAGCUAGAUUGGGGAGUGGACCACCGAGUCCAACGAACGCCGAAUCCGAUCACGGCCCACCCAGUGGUAAAUCCAAAUCAAAGAAAUCGGUGACGUAAUUAAUCGUGAACUUAACUCAGAACUUCAAUAUAAACAAUUACUGGUUAUUACGAAUACUCGUUUGAUGAAACUGGAGAUGUGGGAGUACCGAACAGAGACGGAAUUUAAUUUCCAUGGGUCAGCAAGAGGGCCAAUUCAGUGGUGAUGGGUGACACCGGAAAUUUUGCUCAGUCAUUGGAGAAUAUCUCAUCACCGACGCAAGAUACAGAAAUUUUUGUACAACCCUUUUUUGUGGAAAAUUUCAAGGGCCAUAAAAAAGGUUCUACAGGAAUUUUCCAGUUUUGUUUAUAUCCAGAGAUAUUUGAAAAAGAAACGAGCUGAGGUGAAAUUUAAAUUAAUUGCGUUCGGAGAUCAGGUUUUUUCAAGAAAUCUCUUAAUCCGAGGGAGAUGGAAGAAAUCUCUAUAAGACGUUUUCUGUAGAAAAUAUUCGGCUGUGCAAAAAAGGUCGAGCAAAGAUUCUUCUAUCUUUUCGAGAUUCAGAGAUAUCAGAGGAAAAAGUACUGUAGAUGGAGAAUCGACGUGAAAUGCAUUUGAAGACUAGUUUUCGGUGGAUGUCUCUUAACCCAAGGGCGAUAGAACUAACUUUGCUGGACCUUUUUUGUGGAUAAUUUAAAGAGCUACAAAAAAGGUCAUUACGAAAAAAUGACCAUUUCACUUGAAUCCAGAGAUAUUUCUAAAAAACUAGGCCUCCCUUCACAACCGUUCACCCUCUGAAUCGGGCCCACCGAGAUUAAUCCAAUAAGUCGCUCAAUGAUUUAAGUACCCAAAGAAAAAAAAAUAUUGCAAACAAAAUGGAGUAAAAAAAACUCAUACCAAGCAUUAAACCAUUGACAAUCCGACGAUCGUGUCCCCGGGUGCAAUAAGUUACUGCAGAUUUAUCGAUUUUGCAAUUAUCGCAUUCGAGCUGAAUGCGUUCUGCAGCUGUGGUCAUGAAAUAAAAAAAAGAAUUUUCAUUUUUCUACUUUUCACACAUAUUUCCAAAAAGUAUAUUUUAAUUUAACGGGAAUAAAACUUCCACGUGAACAGAAAAAAAAAUAAAUAAAUAAAAAUCAUAAACUAUUCCAAAUAAUCACAUUUACGUAAACGUUCAGCUCAAUCGUGCGAUCGUUGUGUUUCUAUCGAAUUUAUUGCAAGAAAGAUAGUGAGAGUGGAAGUUUAUGAGAGAAAGCUAUUAAUGAAUUAGUACUUAAUUAAAGUUAAUGAAUGAAGAAGUCCUAAAGAACUGAGAAUUACAAAAAAACAACAGGUAUAUAAGUAUAUUGUGGGGAGAGGGUAUGUACACUGUGCUAAAGGCCUAAUAUUAUCUUUCGCGGAGUGAGGGGGGCACCCUCUGAUGAUAAUGACCCGAGGGGUGCGGCCCCCUAGGAGAAGCUUCUCGGUCAAAAUGCUCUCGCGCACGUACACUCGUACUCCAGGGUGUGAUACUACACGAAUUUCUUUCUAGUCGUUCUUCUAGUGCUGAAGUGAAUGCAAUGAUAUGAUUAAUCUCUGAGGGGGAGGUGAAAUGGUAUAGCGAGAUGAUGGGAUCGGGGAUAUGAAUCGAGAUAUUUCGUUGGAAAUUCCUGCAAGUCAUACCACAAGAGCUUCAAAAUCAUCAAUCAUUAGUAUUGGUAAUUCCCGAUAGGUUCAUUAUAUGGGGGAGUGAUGGAGUCUAGUUUGUCAGGAUAAAAAAGCACCAAUGAUUUUUCCGGAUUGAGUUGACCAUUUCGUUUAUUUGGAGGGAACCUUGAGGGAAUUCGGAGCUGCCGGAUGACGUUUUUUAUCAAAAAAAAAAACUUCCUUUCGAUUUUUUAAAGUUUUGAUUGAUCAGGAUGAGUCGAUAACGCGAAUGAUUCACGAUUUUUGAAGGAGGUUGUUGAUGUUGAGGUCUCAUUCACGGAGGAAAAUAAUCAAAUAUUUAAUUAGGGAACAUUUCACCGUAAGGGAAAAUAGUUUUCAGUGAAUUUCUAGAGAAAUAUGAGAAAUGUGAGGGUAAAAUCUGACACGUUCUGUAAAUUUUUGGGGUGUCACUGAAAGAUUACGAAAAAGAUACGUAAUUUUACUGGGAAUUGUCAAAUUUUCUGAAUUAUGUUCAGAAUUUUUACAUAAAAUUUUGUAAAGUUUACGUUUUUGGGAGUAAUUUUCAUGACUUUUUUCUCCCUGUUGAGACUUUGCUAUGAUGUGUCGCAUUUUCAAAAAAUCAAAUAGAAUUUUUGAGAAAAAUCGCCGUCUGGUUGUCCGGAGUAAAUUACCGGAGUAAUUUUGAAGCUCGAGUGGUAUUCGACUCCGAAUUUUUCUAUCUCAAUUUAGCCAAAAGAAUUGAAGCACGAGGACAAAUAAUUUGACAGUUCCAGAAACUCAUUCGAUUACGGAAUCAUUUGUUUACGUAUAGUCAACAUGAACAAUUACCAGUUGAAUAAUCAGAAAUUAUCAACUGAUUGUGUUGACAUAAAUUAACAGGCGAAUGGUGCAAUUCUCGUGGCUGAAAUUUGGUUGAGGAAAAUUCCCUAGAAAAUCCUAUGACCCUGUGAUAAAUAUUCUUCGGAAAUUACGGACCUCGGAAUUCGCUCAAUAAAAAUAGAAACGACUCCGAAAAUUUGAGUUCAAUGUCGUCAUUUUUCAUGGAUAAUUGGGGUAAAAAUUACGGAAGGCACUAGAAAAAAAAAAUUUGGAACCAAAUUAUUCCACGAUUCCCUACAAUAUUUCUCCCUGAAAUUGCGGAAAGACUAGGUAAUUUUUAUCAAACAUUUCUCUUUGUGAAGAUGAAGACAUAAUUAAAAGUUUUUUUUCUUUCAAUUACCGAUAUUUCAAUCAAUUAUUAAGAUAUUAUUAUAAAUGGGGUAUUUUUAUUAAUUUCUUGUGUUGCACGUCAUUCUGAGAAUUUUCAAUUAUAUUUCAUUGCUGAAACGGCGACAUAAACAUUAAAUAAUUGUGAAUUUUCUAAUUUGCAGCUCAAAAAUUUGCGUUUUUGUCCCGUCGGUGGAUGUGAAUGGGAUUAUCUCUUUUAUUUUUCAAUAAAUCACUGUUCAUCGGUGUCAAAACCAUUAAUCCAAUCAUAUUUCACGAUCUCUCGUGACAGAUCUUUGAGACUGACAAAAUGAUUGAAAUAUAAUAGUUCGUGACAUCGAAAUGGACAUUUACCCCCGUUUUCACCGAUUUUCUUCGCGCAUCCGCAGAUUCUACACGCGUUUUAUUUUCAAUAAAAAAAUUGAGCUAGGAUUAUUGAAAAAAAUCAAUGGGAUCUGUUAUUUUUACAGUUUACUCUAUCAAAAAAUUCUCCGCGGAAAAUUCGCGGAAUAAAUGAGUUUUUCGAACUAGAGACCAAAAAUUCUUUUAAAAAAAUUUUUUUGAAUAGUUCAUUUGAAUAAUUUAGUAGUAAUACUAUGAUAGAGUUCAAUGUCUCAUUUUUUCUUAUCAAUAAAAACGAGAUAUUAAUUUUUUAAUGAAAAAAAAACUUGCAGGACAUGCAAAAAAAUUCCUACAGGAAAAUGUGCAUUCCACUGAAGUUUUCCAGAAAAUACCAAUAAACGGGGAAUAGGAUUUUCUAACAAAGAACGGGAUACUUUGAGAUUCGAUCCAUUCCAUUUCCCUCCUCCGUACGAAAAAAAAAAAAAUGAACAAAAAAAAAA